AUGGUCAUUAGAGGGGUCGAUGUCCCUCAAGGGUCUGUGAUAAAGCGCAAAAAAGUAUCCAUCACGAGGGAGAAGCGCACCCGAGAUUAUAUCUUGGAGGGCGCCAUUUCGUCCAGCGACGAGGAUGCCGAGGGCAUUAUGCAGCCUCAUAAUGAUGCAUUGGUAAUAUCCGUACUUAUCAACAAAUCCCGACUCAAGCGAAUGUUGAUUGAUCCAGGCAGAUCGAUCAACAUUAUCAUAUCGAGGGUCGUAGAACAGUUGGGGCUACAAGAUCAUAUAGUGUCGGCGGUCAGGGUGUUGAACGGAUUUAAUAUGGCAUGCAAAACUACCAAAGGAGAAAUAACUUUGCUAGUAAAUAUUGCCGGGAUGAUUCAGGAUACCGAAUUCUAUAUGAUUGAAGGGGACAUGAGGUAUAACACCUUAUUCGGAAGGCCUUGGGUUCACAACAUGAGCGCAGUAUCCUCGACAUUAUAG